GAGGGAAGGAGGGCUGAUGACACAGAGCUGGCACAGUGAGAGAGACGCGCAUGGUACUUUGUGCUGGAGAAAAAGAAGGCGCGCUGCUCCUCUCCAUCACAUUUCCCUUUCCACACACUGACGGGAAAAUAACGAAGCCAGGAUGUAAAAAUAAAUAAAUCCGAAAAAGACGUUUACAAAUCCCGCUACAAACCGUUUCUUCUGAGUCUUGUGGUCCCACAGACUGGUUAAUUCUGCUCCAUCAGCCGCGUUUUGGCGCUCUGCUCGGUGCCGGAGUCUGCCGAGUGCCGACCGACGAGGAGAGGUGUAGCUCGCUGCUUCAUCCCGCUGAAUGGACUCGAGCCCUUCUUCUCUCACUUGUUAACAGGGGACUCGGUCUUUACAGAAAGUCUGAUUCUGUUUUUUGUUCCCCCCUCCACUUUUAUCGAUGUCAGUUCAACUCUGAAGGUGAGGAGGACUACUUGAAGACUCUGCUUCACGAUGGCGACAGCAGCAUGGCUCCCUUUUGCCAGGGCAGCAGCCAUUGGCUGGAUGCCUGUUGCCAACUGCCCCAUGCCUGUUUCACCGAUGGACAACAGUAAGAGACAGGACGAGCUGAUCAUUCUCAAUGUCAGCGGCCGUCGCUUUCAGACCUGGAGAACCACUCUGGACCGCUACCCUGACACCCUGCUGGGCAGCUCUGAAAAAGACUUCUUUUACAAUGAGGACAUCAAGGAGUACUUCUUUGACCGAGACCCUGAUGCCUUCAGGAGCAUCCUCAACUUCUACCGGACAGGGAAGCUCCACUACCCCCGCCAACAGUGCAUCUCAGCCUACGAUGAGGAGUUGAUCUUUUUUGGCAUCAUCCCUGAGAUCAUUGGCGACUGCUGCUACGAAGAGUACAAGGACAGAAAGAGGGAGAAUAUAGAGCGGCUGCAGGAUGAUCAGGAGGAGAACAAGGACAUGAAGCUGCCCCACAUGAACUUCAGGGAGACCAUGUGGCGGGCCUUUGAGAACCCCCACACCUCCACCAUGGCCCUGGUCUUCUACUAUGUCACUGGUUUCUUCAUCGCCAUCUCGGUAAUCACAAAUGUUGUGGAGACGGUGCCCUGUGGUUCCACAGCCAACCAGAAAGACAUGCCAUGUGGUGAACGCUACACGGUGGCGUUCUUUUGCAUGGACACCGCCUGCGUCAUGAUAUUUACAGUGGAGUAUCUGAUGCGCCUGUUUGCCGCGCCUAGCCGCUACCUUUUCAUGCGUUCAGUGAUGAGCAUCAUCGAUGUGGUGGCCAUCUUGCCGUACUACAUCGGCCUGGUGAUGUCCAACAACGAGGACGUGAGCGGCGCCUUUGUGACGCUGCGCGUGUUUCGAGUGUUUCGUAUCUUCAAGUUCUCCCGUCACUCGCAGGGCCUGCGGAUCCUGGGUUAUACACUGAAGAGUUGUGCUUCAGAGCUGGGCUUCCUCCUCUUCUCACUCACCAUGGCCAUCAUCAUCUUCGCCACGGUCAUGUUCUACGCAGAGAAGGGCUCCAGCUCCACCAAGUUCACCAGCAUCCCAGCUUCCUUCUGGUACACUAUUGUCACCAUGACGACAUUGGGGUAUGGAGAUAUGGUGCCAAAGACAAUCGCUGGGAAGAUCUUCGGCUCCAUCUGCUCCCUGAGCGGCGUGCUGGUGAUCGCUCUGCCUGUCCCUGUUAUUGUCUCCAACUUCAGUCGCAUCUACCACCAGAACCAAAGAGCAGACAAACGUCGUGCUCAGAAGAAAGCCAGACUGGCCAGGAUAAGGAUAUCCAAGUCUGGCAGCACCAACACCUUCCUCCACAACAAACGCAACGGACUGCUCAACGAACUGCUGGAGCUGACGGACACAGAAGAGGAUGAGCAGAAGCGGACUAAGUCCACCUCUCUGUUACAGAGCCAACAUCACCACCUGCUGCACUGUCUGGAGAAAACCACUGCUCAUGAGUUUGUGGACGAGCAGAUGUACGAGCAGAACUCUUUAGAGACCGUGCUACAGACCUACCCCUCACCCAGCCCCUCCAUAUCCAGUUCUGUGGGUACCUGCUGUGGCUGCAGGGUAAAGAAAAACACUCCUCUGCCCAACGCCAGCCUGCCCUCCACCUACCCCGUCCCGUCAAACCAGUGCCCCCUGCAGGAGCUUAGUGCCAUCCACAUACAGUGUGGUGACCCAUCGUCACACACUGCCAGUCGUUCGAACCUCAACCUGAAAACCAAUGAAAGCGGCAGGAUCAACUGCAAAGGCGGCCGGAUCACCACAGCGAUCAUCAGCCUCCCAUCGCCCCCCGCUUUGACCCCUGAUGGCGAUGGCCUCCGCGGGCCACCACAGAGGAGGCCACCCCAACCCCCGGGUCACCCUGCAGCUCUGAGCAUCCAGACCACAACAAGCUCAGCUGGCACCAACAUCGUCAAAGUCUCUGCACUGUGACUCUCUGGCUGACGGAGUAAGGAGUAGAGAAACUAGGAAGAAGAAGAAGAAGAAGAAGAGGAGGAGGAGGAGGAGAAGGCGAAGCAGGUUACCCUACCUUUAUGGACGCACCAUGUCCCGUCUCACAGGGUCAACAGGAAGAGCGCUGUACUCCAGAGAUGAUGUGGAGGUAGACGAUUGUAGAUAUGUGAACCGAGAAUCACGCACUCGUCAUGUCGUGUAUGUACUGUAGAUACGGACAGAGCCGCUGCAUUUCUAAUAGUUUCUAACAGCAGUACAGAUGUUUUACAGCAAGUACCAUGGAAAAGAUUGAAAGACAUUGUGCAAUUAGCAUAUCCAUACAUCAGCAGAUGCUGUUCAACGUACCAGAAAUUCACAGUAAAUUUAAAGUGAAUUUACAGUGAAAUAGUGAAAAGGAUAUUUCGUUCACUUUAAAUGUGUUUGAAGAAGGAUGAAGACAAGUGUUAAUCUGUUUACUUGAAUUUGAUGGGUCUCGUUUGCAUUAUGUGUUGUUUGUCUUAAGUAUUUUGAAGUAAAAAAAAUAAAUUAAAAAAACAAUUUCUUUUACAGCAUCAUUUGAAAAGUCACAGUACCUACGAUGCUGCUAAUAUGUCGCUGAAAUGUGAGUUUGAUGUGUUUGAGACUAAAAAGAGUGUGUUUUUUUUGUUGUUCAAAACUAUAUCUAUUCAUCAUAUCAAAGACUCAAACCAAACUGUGCUUUUUUUUUGCUUCCUGUUAAAAUUCUGACUGGAGAUUGACUACAGGGAGUGAGUCUGACUGACACUGUCUUCGUGACUUAAAGGUUUUAAUACUGAGGUGAGACAAAGUAGUAGUUCUCAACCUGAUAACCCUCCAGCUGACCACAAAAUGACUUACAAGUAAAGGUUUUAUUUUUUGGAUUAAAGAAUAAGGCCAUCUUUAUUUUCUAUUUUUUCUUAGUGUCAACAAAUCACAUGAAAAGAUCACAGCAGUGUGUCAGCCUGUCUCUCAAAACUGUCUCACCUUCUCACCCUCUCUGUGGCACUGCAGUGUCAAGCAAAUGUUGCUCCAACAUUUCAGUUUUUUGGGAGUAUUUUGAUGAAAUGAAAGAUCAUGUCAUCCAGUGUGGCUCACUGAUGUGUUUUUAUGAAGGUUUAUAUCAGGCUUUGGUCUACACAGGCAAUAUUUGUUAGGAGGAUCGAAUCAUUGUUGAUUUUGGUCAUUUCAUUAGAUUUGUUGGGGAAAAUAGAGAAUAUUUCCAGCUUUAACCCCUUAGUAAGUAAUGAAAUACGUACAGUAUUUUUACUAUACCAGUAUGUGAUCCUGUGUAUAUACAUGUGAGGCUUUUUGUUCUGAGGUAUAAGUAAAAGCUGCAGCUGUUAUGCUGCCUCUACUCUCAGAGUGUCAGAGGCUGAGAGGGAGAUGAAAAAAUGGUAAUGUGUGUAUUGUACAUGAGCGUGAGUGGGCAUUUUAGGUAUUGAAUGCCAAAAAGGUUGAUCACCAGUGUCAUAUCAAACCACCCCAGAACAUUACAGGAAGACAGCCAAUUCAUGUUCAAUCCAGUUUUUUUAAGCUAAAACUGAAACUAAAAAGCUACAUGAAAACCUGAUUAUUAUUUGUAGAUAUUUAAAAUCGAGAGAAAAAGGGUAAAAUAUGCAAAUACAAAAAUGGUUUUGGGGGAAUCCAGUCACUCUUGUUUUGGCUGGAAAUCUUAUUUUGUCAUCUUCUGUCUCUUUUUCCUUUCAAUAACUUCUAACAAAGCCCAAGUUGCUUGCCUUCAGUUGUAUCACUUUGUGUCUUGAGUUAAACAAUCAGUGAAAAGAUAUUAUUUCACAGCUGACUACAGUGUGUUCAUGAGGUGGCAACUUAAAAUGUUUCCCUUUUAAAUAAUUAUUUCUAAAUUUUAAAUGUACUGUAAAAGAAAGCCAAUAGAUGAUAAUACACAGGAAUACACUAGUUUGACAGAAUAAUCCCAACUCAAGGUCCUCUUGGCUUUCCCAGAGCUUUCAACCGUAUAAUGUUUUUUCAUCUGCAGAUCAGAGUUUGCUUAGUUGUCAUGGAGACGGAUAUGUUGACAUGCAUAAAAUUUGCUAAAACAGCAUGGACAAUAAGUCCUAAAAGACAAGUUCUGUGGAUGAAAUAACAGAUACAGAGCAUGCCAUCAAUCUCUAUGACAACUGAGCAAACUCCAUCCGCUCAUGAAGACUAUGUGAUAUGGUUGAAUGCCUCAGCAAAAGGCAUGAAGAGGACCUUGAGCUGAGUUUUGUCAAACUAUUUCUGAGGUCAGUUAAAAACUUUGAAGCUUAAGGAUAGGCGAUUAAUAAGCAGCUCAAUCAUGAUAAUCUCAAAAAUGGUCACAAGAUGGCAGCAAUAAUGCAUUCUAACAAUGAAACAAAAUAGAUUAAAAAUGGUUUAUGGCCUUAUCUCCAACAUUAAUAUUGUUUAUAUACCUACCUGCUGCACAUUGUUGUUCAUUUGAAGUUGAUAGAUGCCUGUUGUUUGAAAAAGUGUGUUACUUGCAAGGUACUACUUGCAAAGUGUGCUAUGGUUAUCUGUAUAAAAUAAACAAUGUGUUUAUUUGUCUCCAUUGUUUUGCUAAAGUGGAAACUACAAAUGUGUUUUUCAAUCAUGAAGCACCGAGUGAAAUUGUUUUUGGCUGUAUCUGUAUACUUUGUGUUGCAUUCUGUAUUUUGUCACGUUUUAAAACAGAGGUGAACGUAUUUGUGCCAAAAGGGUCACUUUUCCAGCCUCUGUAAGAUCAAAGUAGUGGUAUUCUUUAUGCUGCUAUAUAUAAAAAAAAAAAUAACAAACCCUUUAGAUCAUUUCUCCUCUCCUCACUGUUAAUGCAAAAAUAACAAGCGCCUGCUCUGUUGUGGUGUUCAUAACUCAGAUCUUGGUUGACACUACACAUUAGGGCUUUUGCAGUAUCAUAGAUCAUCACCAUGCUUCAACAACUGAAAGCACUGCUCACACUAUGAUGAUUCCUUGUUGUCAUUAUAUGAUGGACUUCAAAAGGCAUUGUGGGGGUCACUUUUUUAAAAGUCUUGGCAUUGCUGUUUGUGUUGUUCCUAUUUUUUUAUCAUUUUGAACUGAGCUUUUCUGUCUGUUUGCUGUGUUUACAGUAUUCUGUCAGUUUAUUUGUUAUAACAGCUAUGAAGUGUCAGAUGAGAAUUAAAAUCUGCCACAACAA